UUUACUUUCAUGCCUUCGGCUCCUCUGAACCAGGAAAGUGCUGAUACUAGGCGAAUUCUUAAGCGCUCAGUGGUUCUGAUUUUGGUGUGUCUACGAGCAACAUAAUGUCCGGAAAGAAAAUCCUCCUGCUAGCGAAAAUACUUGCCGUAGUCGUCAGUGGUUCGCCGCGUGUGGUUUUUCCGGGCCUGCGACAGCUCUUGCCACGUCAGCAGGGGUCGUUAGUUGCUGCACCAGUUGCAACUACCGCCUCAACAAGUAGUAGGUCCAGAGAAGUUGUACCGCUACCGUUUCUCCACUCUGGUGCUCAGCCGUCAACAUCAAGUUUUUCAAGGCGUUUGAGUAGUGGUGGCGUCAGACCGGCUAGUACGGCUACAAAAGCUUUCACAUCAAAAUCUGUAUCAUCGUCGUCUCCCACUGACGCGGACAGAACCAUCAUGACGCCGUCUUCUACGACAGCAGAGUGUUCCUCCUCGGAGCUUGCCUCGCCAGUUGUUGCUUUUCUGGGGCUUGGGAGGAUGGGGGCACCCAUGGCAGCGAAUCUACAACGAUGUUUGACAUCUAAAAAUAUAGUGUUUGUGUGGAAUCGCACUCCGGCAAAGGCACAGCAACACAGUGAAGAACACGGGACGCAAGUUCUGGAAAGCGUCGGCGAUUUAGCAGAACAUCUCGGUAGUACUAAUACUAAAGAUGCAAGUAGAAUUACUAGUACUGAUAGAGCUUCUGGUUCUUUAAUGCAACAACAAGAACAAGAAGUAGAAAGUACCACAAGCAGUAGAGAUGUUAUUGUUUUCUGCUGCUUGCCGACUAGCAGCGAAGUAGCGCAAAUAGCCGACCAGCUCAUUUUUGCUAAGGCAAAAGCGCGAAAAGAGCUACCAAGUGUGAUAAGCAAGUGGAUUCUGGUUGAUUGCUCUUCGGGUUCUCGGUUGGAGACGGUUCGCAUUGGAGAACGACUCCGACAAAGUGCUGGCAUCGGCAUGGUUGACUGUCCAGUCUCUGGCGGGCCUGCGGGUGCUACAGCGGGAACGCUCGCAGCAAUGGUCGGCGGCGAUGACAUCGGCGAUAUUGAGAAAGUCAUGCCACUAAUCGGAAGUUUCGCGAAGAAGGAGAAAAUGCAGCAUGUGGGUCCCUUGGGAAGUGGACACGCGGUGAAAAGCGUCAAUAAUUAUGGCCGUGAGCACCAGUGUUGUACUUGUAGUAGUCUUGUUUCUGAGUACAAAUGGAGAACAUCUUCUCCUAUAUAUGUCAUGACUUGCGUUUCUAGUAUAGACUCUCAGCGGAAAAUCUUCAGUAGGAUGCACUGGGAGAAUCGUGCCCAUAUGGAUCGCACCGCUGAAGGGGCUUGCGCCCCUGGUGGUGGAUGCCGCAGCGCCUCUGCCCUUCCACGUGAUUCCUGGCGCGAGGAUGUGCCGCAUAGCGCCGGAGCACCUUGCGCGUGGUGUGUGUGUGUUUGUAGCGUCGGCGACCUCCGUUGCGGCCAGAGGCGUGUCGCUGGCCCUCUCCAGUUUCUCGCGUCUCCCUUGGGCGCUCAGGUUCAGGCGCUGCUCCCGGAGCUAGGUCCGNUGUGUGUGUGUGUGUGUGUGUGUGUGUGUGUGUGUGUGUUUGUAGCGUCGGCGGCCCACCUCCGUUGCGGCCAGAGGCGUGUCGCUGGCCCUCUCCAAUUUCUCGCGUCUCCCCUGGGCGCUCAGGUUCAGGCACUGCUCCCGGAGCUAGGUCCGCGGAGAGGUGGAAGCGAGUCGCGCUGGGGCGCCCAGGCUUGGAUUCCUUGGCUGAUGCGAUGGGUAUGGCAAUUUUUAUGCCAUUGCGAGCGCCCUCGCGCAUGCGCUUUUCCUGCUUGUGGGGCACGAGAGGUUGGAGCUGCAGAGGGCCUCAGGCACCAGUCUCAGGACCCGGAAAAGGCUGGCGUCUGCGUCAGACGCCAGGAUUCUCGAGCGCCAAAGAAUUUCUGAGACCUGGCAAAAGUCUGGCGUCUGCGUCAGACGCCAGGACUUUCCCGGUACGGCUACCGACCCAGUGCACCCCACUGGGCCGGUGCCCGUACCCGUAAAACACCUGGCGUCUGACGCAGACGCCAGACCUUUGCCAAGUCUCAGAACGAAGUUGUGAGGCGUGGCGCGAAAGUCCGAGCGCUUGCCGCACAGCUAAGCUCUCGGGGGCACGAUGAAACUGCGACUACGCACUGCGGCGCCUGUCGUGGCGCUACCUGUAGCUUCGUCUACAGGUCCGUAGUUGGACGCAUCGGCCGGCGGGCCCUGCAGCCGUGCUUUUGACUCUGGGGGUGGGGUUCACCUGGCAGGCUCGCUUGGCAGCUCUUCGGCCUCUUGCUCUCCGGGGUGUCUGGCCGUGCCUUCUCGUUGGAGUCACGGUUGGUGCGCUGAUGGGGCUUGUCGUUGUUUGCCUGGGCGGCCGGACUGUCUGGUGUCUGUGCGUGGUCAGGGCAGCGCGAAUUUUGUCCUGACUGCGAGAGGGGUAACGGGUCCAAGCUCGGAGGUUUAUCGUUUUGAAACUAAGGGGGGCCCGCCUAGCUUGAUGGCCCUCUGGGCCGCGGGGUUGCGGUGCUCUGCGUCUACAGCUGUAGUUAGCCCAUCUGCCUCAGUAUCCCUUACUGAAGGUUUUCCGCUGAAAAUGCAUGCAUUUCCCAAAGUCAUGAUAUAUGUUUUAGGGCUGCACGGUCCCCCCCUGUGGUAUGGACGGGGGUGGCGCUCGCGCGCUCUUUUCCGCGCCGAUUUUCGCGGAUUCUAGUGGUGGAAAGCGUCAAAACUGGGCGCGGGCGUCCCCUUGCGCCUCUCUGCAUGUUCCUCAGGGACCUCCUGGCCUCUGCUGACCCUCGCAGGCUGGAGGUCUCCGGGGUAAUAGGCCGCCGAAGGCGGCCACGGUCUCAAGAGCAAGCAAGCCGAUCACCAAGGGCCCGGUGGGUACAGGCCGCACGGCCCAGGGGGUCCAGCCCCUCGCCUUUUGCCACCUUCGCAGGCCUUCCACACCCACGCACUGCUGCAGAGGCGAAGCAUAUAGGAGGCAUGUAGGGCACAGGCAGGCAGCUGGAAGGUGGGAGCGGAGGCGGUCCCUUGGGCCCUUUUUGAAGCCUUGCACCUACGUCGGAGGCCUGGAGGGUGCAGCCAGGCAGCUGGAAGGGAGCGGAGAAGGGCCCCCGGCCCCCUUUUGAGGCCUUCCAUUCUCGGCAGACGCCUUCAGAAGGGGCCUGGGGCUGCACGGUGCCCCCCUCUGCGCUAGGGCGGGGGUGCCGUAGCCAUGAGCCGGAUCAUAUAUACUAAGUACUUCGUCUGUCCUAGCGCACGCUUUUUCUCGCUCUAACUCACUCUGUUGAAUAGUCUGCAUUUAAUGGCAGCGACGGAGGGGUUACUGGCUUUGAAGAAUGCAGGCAUUUCUGCAGACACAGCUCUUCGUUGUAUAAACGCCUCGUCCGGGCGCUCGUUGCAGACUGAACAGCGGCUACCUGAACAAAUUCUAACCGGAAAAUACGCAUAUGGCUUUGCCCUCAAGUUGAUGCGAAAGGACUGCGAACUCGCUAAAGAACUAGUCGAAGAUAUGUACGCGACCGAAGGAGGUGGAGGCGGGAAAAAUACUGGUGCUGAGGAGGCUAUUGCCCAUGAAGUUGAUGUUGAGAAAGAGAUUGACACCUCCAGGUCCAGCAACAACAUGUUGUCAGCAGAGAGAAAAGGCGGCGAAGGCAGUGACUCGUCUUUGUUGCUCCUUGCUGCUUCGCGCGUGCGGCAAACGUGUGAUCACUAUGCCAGUAAGAACAAGGGCACAGGUUCCGAUAUGGAGGACGUGGACUACACCUUUCUCAGUAAGUACAUGGAGGAAAAACUCAAUCUAGACUUGAAUGCGAACGCGAACGAUAACGAGACACAUAAGAAUCAGCUGAAGAUUUUGUGUAAACCUCAAGAACAUUGACCGAGAUCAUUCAUGAAGAGAGUUUCGGUUUCCUCGUCACACUAUGUUGGUAGUGGUACAUCCUAAAGAGAUGAGACAUCAUGAUCAUGAUGUUGUUGUUUUAACGAGUUACACUUGAUGGAGGAUAAUCUUAUGGCAUAUCAUACUUGAGAAAAACAUAUAUACAUCCACCUAUCCACCGAGUAUAGUUUUACAGGACGAGUAGUAACAUAGAACGAGAACAAGAACUCUGCUUGCAUGAUCGCAUAAAUGUGUUCGCUUGAUCCGAAUUAUGGUUGUUUAAUCUUCCGUUCCAUUCGAUAAAUGUACAUCACAGGGUUCAGGAUCAUCUAGACAGCGUGUACUCCUAUGCUUCAUACUCCACCAUGAUAUAUCAUGUGGUUCAUCGAAUUGAACGAGACACGACUGCAACUACACAGAAUCCAAAUCGAC